GGAGGGGGUGUCUCUCUCUGUGGUGUGGGAACCAUCAAUCAUCAUCAUUCAGGCAAUAGGCUGGACUGACACAAGUCAUCAUUACUCUCUCUCUCUCUCUCUCUGUGCCCCCCUCUCCAUUUAUCUUGACAUUGUCCCAUCCUUUCAUUGUCUUGUUAAAAAAGCCGUGACACCACCAGUGCUGCUGCCCCUUCCAAGACUCAAAAGAGAGGGAAAGCUCAGCCAUUUUCACACCUCUGUUCUUGUUUUGUUCUUGUUCUUGGCCCUUCCUGUUCCGGUUUCUCCUCAGAACCCAGAACACCCAAAAAUCAACAGACCCAGAAGCUGUUGCUGCUGUAGGCAGAGGAAAGAGUAGAAAUUUCUUUUUGUUCUGCUUUGGAGGAAGGAGGAGGAUUUUUGGAUUUGUGCUUGAGCCCGCUCUUGGGGAAAGUGGAAAUGGGUGAGCAAGAUGAUGGGCUGGGGUUGAGCUUGAGCCUGGGAUGCGGGAAGAGCGCAUUGUCUUUGAACCUCAAUCUCGUGGAAGCUCCUGUGCAGUCCAGGCAGAGUCCUGGGCAAAAGUGCUCUUGGAAUGAGAUUUUCCACUCUCCUGAAACAAACUCCAAAACAAGGCCAUUAUUCGGUGGAGUCGGCGUCAACCGAGACAUACUGGUGGUGGAUUUGGAUGAUGAUAAUCAUGUCUCAUCACCUAACAGCACCGUGUCGAGCAUAAGUGGGAAGAGAAGUGAGAGAGACCCGCACGGAGAUAAUGAAGUUGAGGCUGAGAGAACUUCGUGCUCUUGUGAGAGCAUCGAAGAAGAUGGCAGUGGAGGAGAUGGAGCAAGGAAGAAGCUCAGGCUGUCUAGAGAACAGUCAUUGGUGCUAGAGGAGACAUUCAAAGAGCAUAACACUCUUAACCCUAAGCAAAAGCUUGCCUUGGCCAAGCAGCUGAAUCUUAGUCCCAGACAGGUAGAGGUCUGGUUUCAGAACAGGCGUGCCAGGACUAAGACGAAGCAAACUGAGGUGGACUGUGAGUACCUUAAGAGAUGCUGCGACAAUCUCACACAGGAAAACAAGAGGCUGCAGAAGGAAGUGCAGGAGCUCAGAGCACUGAAGCUCUCCCCACAGCUCUACAUGCACAUGAACCCGCCCACCACGCUCACCAUGUGCCCUUCAUGUCAGCGAGUGUCUGUUCCUUCGUCAUCGCUGUCGCCUCCAUCUUCAUCUUCAGUCACUGCCUCAGUGAUUGGCCCCGUGGGGCCGGUCCAUAAUCCUUUUAGUCAGUCUGGACCAUCCAUCAACCCUUGGGCAAGGCUACAGAUGCAACAAGGACUGAACAAUUUGCACUCUUGAUGGCUUUUCUGACAUCUGCGCGACAUGUGCCAAGGCAUAAAAGCAAAGAGGAUCAGCUCAUCCUGACGAUACAUUAGCAAGUAUGAUGUAGAAAGAUCCAACGAUUGGCAAAAUAGAGCGUCUAUUGUCCUUUUUGCUGAUAAUAGGACAUUGAUUGCUGGGAUAGACAAAUCUUAUCCCUGUUUUUAAGGUCGAAAACAUGUAGGGAACGGAAAAGGCGAACGUUAGUUGUUCAUGAAACUUGUUCACUUAGGUAAUUUGAUGAUCUAUCAUGAUGUGCGUGAUUGUCGAAUCUAUUCAAAUGUCGAUGAAUCAUGGUCUCAUCUACCAUGUUGGGUCAUCAGCUGUUUCAAGCAAUUCAAUUGUGAUAUUUGUUGA